CUCAGUCAGAAUCCCAAACUGUUAUACGCAAUUGAGGGAGUCAAAGCCUAUCAAUCAGAGAAUAAUGUAGAGCGGAAUUUAACCCCGUCUGGUCCUCAGACAUUGUCGCUUUUAAUGGUACCGACAUCAACUGCAACGGGCGAUCAUUCUAUCUCCAGCCCCUCAUCUGAAGCCUCUCACAUUGACGACUGCUACCUUCACAUCAACCUCCCGCCAACGCUUGACAUAACCCUCCCAGCGGCUACUCAAGUGUACCGUGAUCCCCCUCACAGCUACCUCAUACGCCGGCGAGAUUUAGGCCCAGAGUGUAACUCACUAAUACGCCUAGAGUUUCCAAACGCAAGUCAGAGCAAAGAUGUUCAGGGAGAUAUUGACACUUUUGAGUCUAUAUUAGCUCAAUGUACAGCCUUUUUAGAGCAUAUAAACUCUCCAAAAUGUGUGGAAAAUCCAAUGGACUCAUUACCCCCACCUCCUUAUCAACAGAAUGAAUUCGAUCUCCCCGCAAACGGGAAUUCAAGUGGAAAGAUUGUUCUUGUUGAUGAAGAAAAUGGAAAUAUAGUCGGUGAACUUGGAACAGACUAUCACGUUGUUGAAGAUGUGCACAUGAAACCCGGCUCUAAAGAUCCUGUUGAAAUUACCCUCCCUAGCGAUGGAUCCGACAAGAUCAAGGUAUCGCCCGCCUCAUCAUCUUAUCUUGAGAUGGCUAGACAUCCGGCUUAUCAGAAUUCCACUCUUGUUUCAAAAGCCGCCUUGGCGUCUCAGCUUAUCGUGACUACCUCAGACUAUGUCUCAAAAACACUUCAAUCACAAGCUGAUUCUUACACUCAGAAGACCAAGCCUACCGCUAAUCCCAUAACUUUUCAGCCGACAACUCAUGCUCGUAUCCGUAAAAUAUUUUCCAUAUCUGAAGGUGCAGCAGAUCUGUCCUCCAAAACUGUAGGGCAUGUCCAAAGAUACGCCCAAAAUUUUGGUGCCACAAUGGUGAAAAAUGAUCGAGCCCAUACCAAAACAGGUCUUGAUUCCCAGGGUAAAGCGGGUGAGACUUACAAACCUGGUCUCAUCAAUAAAAGUAUGAUGGCAUUUUCUACCAUAGCCGAUGGCAUUGAUCAGGCCAGUCGUAAUCUGUUAUCAGGAACGAGUACUGCGGCAACAACUUUUCUUAGUCAUAAAUAUGGACCAGAAGCCGGCGAGAUAACCAAGCAUAUCGGAGCCGGGGCAAAAAAUGUUGGAUUAGUGUACAUUGAUGUUGCUGGUGUAAGCAGGAGAGCUAUUAUCAAAUCUGUCGCUAAAGGUAUGGUCAUCGGUAAAGUACAUGGUGGGGGAAAUCUAGUUGUCAACGGAGAAGGUAUUUCACAGCCUAAUCAACCGAUAACCUCGCCUGGUAUCGCUCCAAACAUGCAAAAACCGAAGUGGAAGUAG